AGCAGCUGCAUUCCCAGGUCAUCUGGUUUCCACAUCGAUCUAUUACUAUUAUCGAUCCCAUUUAAUCCAUAAGCCAUAUUAGCUUUAUCAACAAUUUCGACUUCCCUGCUGCCACAAACAAAAGUUUUGAGUUGUGAUCUCAAGUUUGGUCUCACCAAUAUGGCCACAAUCAACAAUGCUGUCGGAGCUAUCAACUUCGUCGCCAUGCUACUCUCCAUCCCAAUUAUCGGUGCCGGAAUCUGGCUUGCAACAGAAACCGACAAUUCUUGCGUCAAGAUUCUUCAAUGGCCGGUCAUCAUUUUAGGCAUCUUAAUGUUGGUUGUAGCUCUUGCAGGCUUUAUAGGAAGCUUCUGGCGCAUCCCAUGGCUCCUCAUCUUCUAUCUCAUCGUCAUGCUCAUUCUUAUAAUACUACUGGCGAGUCUAGUGAUCUUCAUCUACAUGGUUACUGUUAAGGGCUCAGGUCAUCUUGCUCCUGGUAGGGUUUACCUAGAAUAUCAUCUGAAUGACUAUUCAGGAUGGCUCCGUCAAAGGGUACAGGCUUCUUUCAAGUGGAAUCGAAUCAGGAAUUGCCUUAGCUCAACCAGUAUGUGUUCGGAGUUGAAUCAGAGAUAUCAUUUUGCUCAGGACUUCUUCAAUGCACGGAUCAGCCCAAUACAGUCAGGGUGCUGCAAGCCACCGACGGAGUGUGGGUACACAUUUGUGAACCCAACGUAUUGGAUUAGCCCCAUAAACACAGCAGCUGACAUGGAUUGUUUGCAGUGGAGCAACGAUCAGACACAGCUCUGCUAUACCUGUGACUCAUGCAAAGCAGGGUUACUAGCUAAUCUCAAGAAGGAAUGGAGAAGAGCAGACAUUAUUUUGCUCAUCACCCUUGUUGCCCUAAUCUGGGUUUACUUAAUGGGGUGUUGUGCCUUCAGGAACGCCAAAACAGAAGAAUUGUUUCGUAAAUACGAGCAAGGCUAUGUUUAAUUAGAAUUUCGACUGAGUUAGAAACAUAUUAUCUCACUAAUUAAGCUUUUGUGUGGAAUGCAGUACGUCUGGUUGUUUAUUCGUGUACGAGGCUUUUCUGUAGUGCUGUGCUGAUAUGUCAUAUAUUUUUAUUACCAAACUGUGUGAUUUGAUUCUUUAUUUAGCUGAAUAAAUAGGAAAAAUGGGCUUAA